CCUCUGCGCUCCUCUUCGGCUCGGGUUACAGUUGAGCUCGAGCUGCUGCACUUAGCGGAGCGAGGAGAGUGUUUUACACGGUUAAAAAAAUAAUACACCGGCAAAGAAAUGUUGGCGAGCGGAUUUAGAGCAACGGAGUGGGCUGGCGAGCAGGUCUGACCUUCCCUCGGCACUUUUGUUGCACAGACAAACGGGAGUCGUACAGUUUAUUUACGCACCGGCCGCGCAGCAUGCCCCAGUCGGACUAGAGGCGACCCUGCUGGAGCGCAACACGCACGCGGAACGCCGCUGAGAGCCGGGAGGAAUAUUUACAAUAGAAAAUAGAAACUCAAUUCCUUCGCGGAGAAGAAUAGCAAAGGGGAGGAGGAGUGAAAGACAACACUGGAAUGAAGUGGACCUCGGGAUUCCCAGCGUGCUGCGGAGUUGUGACUGAUGGAUGAAUGUGGCCAUCUGUAGGCUAUAUCCAGCGACAGGUACAGACACCAUCAGGGGAGCUUUGACAAAGACACGGCGCAGCGCUUCAUCGGCAGCCGCAUCGUCCGAAUCGUGUCUCCCAACAAACUGUGCGAUUGGUUUCAUCGCACAUAAGAUCGCACCGUGGACUUGUCUCUACUGAGUUAGAAGGUCGGCUGGUUUUUGUCUCAGCCACAGGUCAACCAGGACACUCAGGGUUGCUUUUCUCCCAGAUCCGAUCAAGAAUCGGCGGCUGUGGAUAGUUCAGUCAAGGACACGGGGGUCUGGAACAGAUUUUUUAAAAGGUCGGACAGAAGGACAUGUAUCUGAUAUCGACCUCACAUGCUCCAGACUGAUCGUAGCUCACCUUCCCACAGAUAACGCGCACUGUCCGACGCUCCGAGUUAUCGGCUCACUGUCUUGUAGCUACAUUGAUCAGAAUGGCGGGACUCGGGUGUUGGAAGUAUUACCUCUGGAUCUUUAUUUUAAUGUGCAGGUCGGCGCUACCUUCAGCAAAAUCGCUGGAGACUAUAAUUUGGAGCUCGCAGAAUUCCAAGUUUGUGAUCGGUAAGGGCCUUAUAAUACACCCAGACAUCGGGGACAAGCUGGACAUCAUCUGUCCCAAAGCAGACGAUGGCCGAGAGUACGAGUUCUACAAGCUGUACCUGGUGAAGAGAGAGCAGGCGGAGAGCUGCAGCACAGUCCUCGAUCCAAAUGUCCUGGUCAACUGUAACAAGCCCGAGAAGGACAUCAAGUUCACCAUCAAGUUCCAGGAGUUCAGCCCCAACUACAUGGGCCUGGAGUUCAAGAAGAACUUCAACUACUACAUCACCUCAACCUCCAACGGUACAGUAGAUGGCCUGGAGAACCGGGAGGGAGGCGUGUGCAAGAGCCGAGCCAUGAAAGUCAUCAUGAAAGUCGGGCAAGUCCCAAACGCAGCGAACCCCAUGGCGCCGGAGGCUCCAGAAGACAACGCCAUACCAGAGUCCAGUCUCAGUCCGCCGGACCAGGAUCGUAUUGGACCCGAGAUGCCAGGAAACCCUGACACCAUGAAUCAGGACCAGUCCGGUUCCUCGUCAAACUCGGACGGCUUCCUCAACUCCAAAGUGGCCUUGUUCUCCACCAUUGGGGUCGGCUGCAUCAUCUUCCUCCUGCUCAUCCUCCUCCUCGUCAUCCUGCUCAUCAAGAUGCGCAAGCGCUCCAGGAAAAACGCCCACUCGCAGCCCCGCCCCUCGGCGCUGUCACUCAGCACGCUGUCCAAUCCCAAGAUGCCCGGGGGCACGGCCGGCACGGAGCCCAGUGACAUCAUCAUUCCGCUGCGGACAGAGAACAACUACUGCCCUCACUAUGAGAAGGUGAGCGGCGACUAUGGCCACCCCGUCUACAUUGUCCAGGAGAUGCCGCCGCAGAGCCCCGCCAACAUCUACUACAAAGUCUGACGCGCUCCGCACAGCCAGCGACAGUCAGGAGAGAGAAUGAGAGGAGCGCUUGAUUUAUGUUCUUGGGAAGAACACUUUCCUUUGCAUUUUGGGGACUUGAUGCAUCUUCAAGCCCCUGUUAUUUCUACCACCUGCUGCACAAAUCUGGAGAGACACGCACUGACACGGGGUUGUAUGCUGACUGCUGAGAAAGGUUUAUUCCGUUUGUUUGGGUUGUCUGACAAUCCCCACCCGCCCCUCCUCCUCCUCCUCCUCCUCCUCCUCCUCCUCCCCCCCACACCUCCCUACCUUCUAUAUCUCCCCACUGUGCUUCAACGAGGGGGGGCGGGGCUGGAACGAACCAACAGAUGGAACUCCAGCUUCCUGGUUCGCUGUCCCCUUUAACGGGCAGGAUAUAACUUAUCUCAGUUCCCUGAAGUACAGUCUCUGCUACACCCAAUUAAACACACUAUCGCAGCACACUAGCCAGGAACAGGCAGACACAGGCCCCGGACGCCACUCAGCCUGCCGUUUGUAUGCAAGCAUAAAACGUGUGUGUGUUAGUCAGGGCUCCGUGCUGGGCCAAGAAAACUCUCCAGAUAGCUCAGGUAUCAGACACAGUGUGUGAAAUAAUGUGUUUCCUCUCCCUUCGUACCUCUGAUGUUUGCCUUACUUACUAUUUUUGAUGGAGGAUUUCCUUGAAACCCUGAUUCAGUUCACAAAGCAGUUGUAUUUUGUUAGACUUUUCCUACAAGUGCACAAUGUAUAGAGUUGAAUAGAUCAUCGUUAUUACUCCAUCUCUUCACCACCACCCACGUCAUCCAUCGCGUUCGCUCUUUUUCCCCGAGAAAGCACCUUGACCUGGACUGUUGAUGUCGAGGUGUGUAUGUGUGUGUGUGUGUGUUUCCUGGAAAACUCCCUUCUCCGCUGAUCUGAUAUGAGCUUUACCAUUACUCUGGUAUUUAUGACCUACUUGUGUGUAUUUAAAGGUGUGUCCUCUCUGUGUGCGUGUGUCUGUGCGUGUGUGUGAGUGUCUGUGUGUCUGUGUCUGUGUCUGUGCCUGUGCGUGUGAGUGUGUCUGUGUCUGUGUGUGUGUGUCUGUGUCUGUGCGUGUGAGUGUGUCUGUGUCUGUGUCUGUGUGUGUGUGUGUGUCUGUGUGUGUGUGUGUGUGUGUGUGUGUGUGUGUAUCUGGGCAUGUCCGGACCAGUCUUGUAUCUGGGCAGACUUACUGGCUUAGGGGUAGAACACUAAGUUACUGUAUCGUUCAAAAACAAGACUGACUGACUGACUCACUGACUGACUGACUGACUGACGUGCCGACAGACAGACAAAACCUUGCCAGUGCUCCAGUUGGCGCUGAUUUAAGGUUUUAUUGUCUCUGAUGAGCUUUUGGGGAGAUGGUUUUUAAGACAGCAGGCAGGUUGAUAUUUGUUUGUUCUGGCUUCUGGUGCUCCGAUGUAAGCAUCAAACGAUUAGUUUGGUGCCUGCUGCUGCUGCCUGGGCGAGGUGGGCAUAGGUUGUGUGGUCGCAACUGAUUGGCUGGCCUACAUAGGUAGGACGCCCUAUAUAUAAGUUGGAUGGCGAGCUACGGCUGAACAUUGGGAUACAGUACUGUGCGAUGCCAAUUGGCUGCCAUCUGUAGAUGAGUCAGUGGAGUGCACAGUCAGUGGUGUCGCCAGCGUGUGACUAAUCUAUGUGCCAUCUCCGUGCCCACACUCACCAGCCGGGGAGAGCGAGAGCGGCGGGUAGAGGAGGAGAAAAUGUUCCUGUGACUUGGCUUUAACCUGAGAGGAAGAUGGCAGUGCAGAU